AUGGAUUUCGAACUCCUCACCUUCAUACCUUUGCAAUGGCUAAGAUUCAUCUUUCUCUCUCCAUGCCCUCAAAGAGCACUCAUAUCUGCUCUAGACAUCCUAUUCUUGCUCUGCUUCGCUGCUCAUAAGCUCUACUCAAGAUUCUCCCCGGGUACUCGCCAUUCGAUCACUACUCCUUUGAUCAACAGCAAGCAAGAACUUGUUAGAACCAAUAUAUGGUUCAAGCUCGUCUUGCUCGUGUCGUUGUUAGUUGCUGUCUCUUCGUCUGUUUUCUGCAUUCUUGCUAUUAGCAGAACUGAUCAUGAGUUGUCAUGGAAGAUUGUGGAUGGCUUGUAUUGGUUGUUCCAAGCGAUUACUUAUCUGGUUAUUGCUCUUCUUGUUGUUCAUGAGAAGAGAUUUCGAGCAUCGAAACACCCUUCCACUCUCCGAGCCUUUUGGAUCGUCCGGUUUGCUGUCUUGGCGUUGUUCUUUGCUUCUGGACUCACACGUUUGAUAUCCUUUCAACAAAGUGGUGCUGAGUUGAGAGUAGACGACAUUGCCUCAAUUUUCGUCUUCUCUUUAUCCAUCGUGCUUCUUGCAGCCGGAAUCAGAGGGGCGACGGGUGUUGAGGUGGUCACUGAUCAUCACUCUGAUUCGCAAACAGACUUGUAUGAAGCAGUUUCGGAUAAGUCCAAUGUGACUGGCUAUGCUUCAGCUUCCGUUAUCUCCAAAACGUUUUGGAUUUGGUUGAAUCCCCUUUUGACGAAAGGCUACACAGCGCCCCUCAAGCUCGAGGACGUGCCUACCCUCUCACCGGAGCACAAGGCAGAGCGGUUGUGGCGCCUCUUCCAAAAGAACUGGCCUAAACCCGAGGAGAAAUCAAACCACCCUGUUGUGAAGACGCUGGUCCGUUGCUUCUGGAAGCACCUCGCCUUCACUGCCUGCCUCGCAAUUCUGAGGCUCUGCGUCAUGUACGUUGGCCCCACCUUGAUCCAAGGGUUCGUCGAUUUCACAGCAGGGAAGCGCAGUUCCCCAUAUGAGGGAUACUACCUGGUGUCUAUUCUGUUAGUUGCCAAAUUUGUUGAGGUUUUGAGCACUCACCAGUUCAACUUCCACACUCAGAAGCUUGGUAUGCUUAUUCGUUCCACACUUAUCACAUCCUUGUAUGAGAAGGGGCUGAGGCUGUCAGGGUCAGCUAGACAAGCUCAUGGGGUUGGGCAGAUUGUGAACUACAUGGCUGUCGAUGCUCAGCAGCUCUCAGACAUGAUGUUGCAGCUCCAUGCCUUGUGGCUUGUGCCCCUGCAGAUAUCGGUGGCGUUGGUCAUCCUUUACCAGUAUCUUGGCACUGCGACUUUGACAGCGCUGGCAGGGCUUUGCUUGGUCAUGCUCUUCGUGCUGAUUUGUACCAAGAUGCAUAACAAGUUCCAGUUUCAGAUCAUGAGGAACCGUGACUACAGAAUGAAGGCCACGAACGAGAUGUUGAGCUACAUGCGUGUGAUCAAGUUCCAGGCUUGGGAGGAACACUUCAACAAGAGGAUUCGGUCAUUUCGAGAGACUGAGUAUAAAUGGCUUUCCAAGUUUAUGUACUCCCUCUCGUCUAACAUCAUCGUGUUGUGGAGCACGCCGGCUUUGAUUUCCACAAUUACGUUUGGGAGUGCUCUCCUGUUUGGCCUCCCUCUAAGUGUUGGGACCGUCUUCACAACAACCUCACUGCUGAAGAUGCUGCAGGAGCCCAUCAGGACGUUCCCUCAGUCCAUGAUCUCGCUGUCGCAGGCCAUUAUAUCUCUGGAAAGGCUGGAUAAGUUCAUGACGAGCACAGAGCUGGUGGAUGGCACGGUGGAGCGUGUUGAAGGGUGCGACAGCGACAUUGCUGUGGAGGUUAGAGAUGGGACUUUUAGCUGGGACGACGAGAGCAGGGAGGAGGUUGUCAAGAAUUUGAAUUUCAAGAUCAGGAAAGGGGAACUUUCGGCCAUUGUUGGGACGGUCGGAUCAGGGAAGUCUUCCGUUCUUGCAGCAGUUCUGGGUGAGAUGUACAAAUUAUCUGGGAAGGUUAGAGUGUGCGGUAGCACUGCCUACGUUGCCCAGACUGCGUGGAUCCAAAAUGGGACGAUACAAGAAAACAUAUUGUUUGGUUUGCCGAUGAAUGUGGAGAAAUACAAGGAAGCUAUCCGAGUGUGUUGCAUGGAGAAGGACUUGGAGAUGAUGGAGUUUGGAGAUCAAACUGAGAUUGGAGAACGCGGUAUCAAUCUGAGUGGCGGCCAGAAGCAACGGGUUCAGCUUGCACGAGCUGUUUAUCAGGAUUGUGACAUUUAUCUUCUUGAUGACGUGUUUAGCGCCGUUGAUGCUCACACGGGAUCAGAUAUUUUCAAGGAAUGUGUUAGAGGAAUUCUUGGAGACAAGACUGUUAUACUCGUUACACACCAAGUCGACUUCUUGCAUAACGUUGAUCAGAUCCUAGUUAUGAAAGAAGGCUCCAUCGUUCAAUCUGGCAAGUACGACACUCUAGUGGAGUCUGGAUUGGACUUUGCGGCUUUAGUCUCCGCCCAUGAAGCCUCUAUGGAGCUCGUUGAUGUGGAGACUAAAAAUGAGGACAUCGCCUCCCCAAAGGUGAAAACUCAAAGAUCUUUCAAACAAGGAGAGAGUAACUCUCAAGAGAAAUCCGAGAAAAAGGGAGAUUCCAAGCUCAUCAAGGAGGAAGAGAGAGCCACCGGGAAAGUGAGCUUAGCCAUUUAUAAGAUGUAUUGCACGGAGUCAUUUGGAUGGUGGGGUGUUGCGGCCUUGGUGUUUUUCUCUGUAGCGUGGCAGGGGAGUUUGAUGACAAGUGAUUACUGGCUGGCCUACGAAACCUCAGAUGCAAAUGCGGAUUCGUUCAACCCUUCCCUCUUCAUUUCAGUAUACGCCAUCUUUGCAGUAGUUUCCUUCGUUUUGGUCCUUGUAAGGAGCAUCUUGGGUGCGGCAAUGGGAUUGAGGACUACCCAGAAAUUCUUCGGCCAGGUUCUUCAUAGCAUCCUGCAUGCGCCUAUGUCGUUCUUUGACACAACGCCCUCGGGAAGAAUCUUGACUCGGACUUCGACUGAUCAAACCAACUUAGAUUUCCUGAUUCCGUUCUUCAUGAGCCUCACCCUCGCCAUGUAUAUAACUCUGCUCAGCAUCUUAAUCAUCACGUGCCAGUACGCUUGGCCGACCAUUAUCCUCGUGAUUCCUCUUGGCUGGCUGAAUUUCUGGUACCGGGGGUAUUACCUCUCUACAUCUCGUGAAUUGACUCGACUUGAUUCCAUCACCAAAGCACCAGUCAUUCAUCAUUUUUCGGAGAGCAUCACCGGUGUCAUGACCAUCCGCUGCUUCAGGAAGCAGGAGAGCUUCUGCCACGAGAAUGUGAAUCGUGUGAACGGUAAUCUGCGCAUGGAUUUCCACAACAACGGGUGCAAUGAGUGGCUCGGAUUUCGUCUGGAGCUAAUGGGAAGCUUCAUCCUCUGCGUGUCUGCAUUGUUCAUGACAAUUUUACCUAGCAGCAUUAUCGCGCCAGAGAAUGUGGGCAUGGCUCUCUCGUAUGGUUUGUCGCUAAACACGACGCUGUUUUGGACCAUAUACAUGAGUUGCUUUUUGGAGAAUAAGAUGGUCUCAGUUGAGAGGUUAAAACAGUUCAGCGUCAUACCAUCUGAGGCCGAAUGGAAGAACGAGGACUCCUCCCCUCCGCCUAACUGGCCAUCUCGUGGAGAUGUUGAGCUCAACAACGUUCAGGUCAGGUAUCGCCCUGAUACGCCUCUGGUUCUCAAGGGGAUCAGUCUGAGCAUAUCCGGGGGCGAGAAGAUCGGAGUUGUUGGUCGAACAGGAGGCGGGAAAUCGACAUUGGUCCAGGUUUUGUUCAGAUUGGUUGAGCCAUCCGGUGGGAAGAUCAUGAUUGAUGGCAUUGAUAUCUCGGCACUGGGGCUUCAUGAUCUGAGGUCCCGCUUCGGAAUCAUCCCUCAAGAUCCGGUUCUUUUUGAAGGAACUGUAAGGAGCAACAUCGACCCGACAGGCCUCUAUUCAGACGACGAAAUUUGGAGUGACAAUGGAGACAACUGGAGCGUUGGACAGAGGCAGCUCCUCUGCCUAGGAAGAGUGAUGCUGAAGAAGAGCAGACUUCUAUUCAUGGACGAAGCAACUGCGUCCGUUGAUUCUCACACGGACGGAGUGAUCCAGAAGAUUAUCCGGGAGGACUUCGCCUCAUGCACCAUCAUAAGCAUUGCGCACAGGAUACCAACGGUCAUGGACUGUGAUCGUGUGCUGGUCAUAGAUGCAGGGAUCAACCAACUUUGGCUAAAUAUGGAGGAAAUAAGAGCACAAGGCAGUUGCCAAAACUCAUUGUAA